AUGACGAUGCCCACUAGCAUUCGUUGCAGGACCUGCGGCAACUACAUCAAUAGAGGCACCAAGUUGAAUUCCCACAAAGAAGCGGUGUUUGACGACAAUGCCAAAACAUAUUGGUUCUCCUUCAACUGCAGCAAGUGUUUUGCUGUGAUGGUGUUAGUGAAAAACCCUAAAAUUUCAGCCACCCUAAUACAAUCAGGCGCAAGAUGGAACUUGGACCCGGACCCUAGGCUUUUAGAUCACUAUGAAAAGGAAAGAGAAAAUGAAAGGGAAAAGGAAAAGAAGUUGGAAGAGCAGGAGGAGCGAGCGAUUGCACUCCUAAAAAUAAUAUUAAAAAGAAUCCAUGAUGGUCAAGAUCUUGAUGAUGACGCCAAUGGUGAAAUUUGGAUCAUUGAUUUAAAGAGGAAAAAAGUUUAUGAAGAAACAAGUAUUCACAACAGCUCUCACCUGAAGAAAAAUCAGGACGCAGACGAACUCAAUCUUCAUCAGUUAGGUUUCCUAGCAAAGUUUACUCUCUAA